ACAGCAAACAGUACCUGGAGUCACACUGAGUACAUGUUCAAGAGUCGUUGUCACUUCCUCAAAGACAUCAACAAGCAAACAAUGGCCCUUGACAGUGACUACAAUAUCAGUUACGACUAUGACUACUACAUAGACUAUGAAAAUGACAUCAGCUUCGUGGGUCAUCAUGUCGAGAUAAAAACAGGACCUCUUCUCUCCUCCUUUGUGUGCUUCAUCCUCAUCUUCUGCAUCAGCGUGCCCGGAAACAGCUUCCUCCUGUGGGGCCUUCUAAGGGAACGAGCUUGGAAGACCACAACUGACAUCUUGCUUCUGCAACUCAUAAUUUCUGACCUUUGCCUCACUUUGUCCCUCCCAUUUAAGGCUUUCAGUCUGCUCUAUGGCUGGAGCUUUUUGGACAAGGUCUGUGGAAUCAUAAAUGGGGCUUUUGUUCUUGGUGUGGAAAGCUACAUAUUGAUCCUCACUGCCAUGACUUUGUAUCAUUAUGUUGUCGUGGUCCAUGCUUCGUGUCUAUCUGCACAGACCAGCAAAAAAUGUGGUGUCCGCAUGGCUAGCAUUGUGAUAUGGCUGGUGUGUGCUGCUGCGAGCAUUGAGGUAUUAGUAAAUAGUACUGUCACACACGCAUCUGGUUAUAUGAUAUGUAUGUAUGUUCCACAGUCAUUUAUUAUGCUGCUCUCUGUCACCGGCUUGAAGUUGGGGCUUUUCUUUAUACUCUUCAUUAUCAUAACAUUCUGCUUCGUCCAUAUGUGGAUAACUAUCAAACAGUGCAGGAUAAACAGACAUUACCAGGCCUCUAGAUUGAUUCUGGGGAUGACUGUUACUUUUUUCCUUUCUUUGUUGCCAUACAAUCUUUUCCUCUUUAUACAUUACUUGUUUGCGUUCGAUGUUCUGGAUUUUGCAGAAUGGAGAACAGCAAUGUACUAUUCAGGGUUCAUCAUUCCCACACUGCCUUACAUCCACUGCUUCCUGAAUCCGUUGUUGCAUUUAUUUGGAGCACAAAGAUUUAGGAGGCAUCUCCCUGUUCCAUGUAACACUUCAUCCGAGAGACAUGUGACAUUCUCACUUCAAUGGCAAUCACUCCUCUAAAUGAUGCCACUGUGUGACCAACAAACAUGUGUCUUUGAAUAACCAAACUUUAUGGUUAGAAGUAAUUACAAACUGUUCGCUAUGCCUGUCAAGCUCUCUGUUCUCACAGGGCAGUUUACAAUAACCAUAUCGGAUUUAAUGACCACUCAAAAUUAUUUGAGUAAUUCAGUAUAUAGCUUAUAGUAUAUUGUGUUUUUGAGUUCUUUUCCCCUGGCUCAUUAAAGGGAUGACAUCUCUGAGAGCUAACGAUGUAUUUGAUUUGGCAAAUGUUACAUUAUGGAAGAGGAAUUUAGAAAACGGUCAGUUGCAACAGAAUAACACGGACAGAAACAAAAAAAGAAACGCUGAUGAUCAUGUAACUUGUAGAUUGCAUUAAAGAUAAACAAACUGAUGCAUAAUGAAAGACAACACAGGAUGCAGUGGAACUGAUAUUUGGUGAUUAUUGCAAUACUGGCUCUUUAGAAAGAGGAAGAGUGACUUGAUCUAAUAAAAAAAUGCUUGAAAAAAGGAAGUGACAGUAACGUUUUACAAAACUAAAGUCACUAUUUUACGAAAUGACAAUAAAACAGCAGUGAUCCAUAUGUAUUAAAACUUUGUUCUUGAUUGCAAUUUUUCUCACUUAAAUCAGCACUUAAGACCUUGUUAAGAUGAUUUUAUUGCACUGAACAACUCAACCCACAAGAUGGCAACAAAAAUGAAGGCUGGUUGUAAUUUCUUCUGGUCAAUUGUUUAAAGGAGAAAAGAAUCAUAAUUAUGAAAUAUGUGUUUGUGAUUUGUGUUUAUUAGGCUUAAUAUUCAUUUCAUCAAUCAUUUCACAUCAAACAAUAUUAAGUUAAUAUAUCUGAUGUUAAAUCCACCCCUCUAUGUCUUCAUACGUGUAAGCACCAUUUAACUUGGCAAUGUUCCUUGUGUAUCCACUGUAACUGCAAAUAAAGCAGUUUCGAAUAUG